AUGAAGGAGGAAAUGGCAGCGCAAACAAGGGAGAUAGCCGAAGCAGCCACUAAAAACGUUUCAGAAAGUAUUAACGAAAAAUUAACUGCUCUUGUGGAAGAGAAUAAAAACCUGAAGACGGAAGUCAAGAUCUUACAUGUAAAAAUCAAGCAAAUGGAGGAGCACAGAAGAAAAAACAACAUCUUCGUCUUUGGAGUAAAAGAGGAACAACAUAAUGAGUCCUUAGUAGAAUCCACCAUAAAAUUGCUAGAAAAAAACAUGAAUAUACACAUCGACUUACAUGAAUUAAAUAACGCUUAUAGACUAGGAGAAAAGAAAGAUAAUAAACCACGUCCUAUUCUUGUAACCUUUACAACAAACUGGAGAAGAAAUGAAGUACUCAAGAACAAAAAGAAACUGGAUUCAGGAAUCUACAUCAAAGAGGAUCUCAGUAAAGAAACUCUGGAGAAGAGAAAGCGACUUCUGCCCCAACUAAAGGAAGAAAGGGCUAAGGGCAAUAUUUGUUAUUUUGUUAAAGAUAAAAUAGUCACCAAAGAACCGAAACAAGCAAAAAGAGAUAAGAGGAAAAGAGAUUGCACCGAUUCUCCAGACAAAUUGCCAAACCAACCAUCCACGUCGACUCCAAAGAAGAUCAAUAAAACAAACAUGCUAGACUACGUGGCACGGGGUAGAUCCGCGUCACUGUCAUUACCUACAACCAAAAAAAAAAACGACCAAUAG